AUGGAGAUCUAUGUUAUCACGAGCUACAAGAUAAGAGCAUGGAGGUUAGGUCCAUCCAAUCUAAGGAUUAAGGAAGGGAUAUUGAUAUGGUGGGAAGACUUGAUACUACGAGUACUACGGCAACUAUUAUGGUGUACCAUUUUUUCUAACACCUGCACGCCCACCACUGCCACGUCCGCCUCUGCCACUACAGGUGUUGUUGCAUUUGUCUUGGUUGGUUUUCAUGCCACGAUUAGUAUUAUGAUGACUCUGGGAAUUAAUUGGAGCUUUCAUCCACGGUUAAGAAUGCGGAGGAACCCGAUUCACGAGUUCGACCUCCGUGAGAGGGAUGAUGUGUUCAAGAUUUAUUUCCGAUGCGAUUCUGAGCUUGUUAGAUCCACGACAAAGUUUCGUUUCCCAGAUUCUUUUGUAAAAAAUUCUUCCUCUGGCCAACAGGAAUUUGAGAUUAGUUUGGUGGUGGAAAUUGUUGGUUGUAAUUUGCUGAUAUGGACGGUGAAUAGAGACGUAGGGGGAAAGUUGGAAAAGAUGGACCAUGACAAGACUGGGUGCCAAGCUCCUCCUGAAGGUCCUGUAUUGUGCAUCAACAACUGUGGGUUUUUUGGAAGUGCAGCUACUAUGAACAUGUGUUCUAAAUGCCACAAAGACAUGUUGCUGAAACAGGAGCAGGCCAAGCUUGCAGCGUCGUCCAUUGGGAAUAUUAUGAAUGGCUCAUCUAGCAGCACUGAAAAUGAACCUGUUGUCGCUGCUGCUAAUGUUGAUAUCCCAGUUAUUUCAGUAGAGCCUAAAACUGUCUCUGUGCAACCUUUAUUUGGUUCAGUUUCAGAGGGGAGUGGGGAGGCAAAGCCGAAGGAUGGUCCAAAACGUUGCAGCAGCUGCAAUAAGCGAGUUGGUUUGACAGGGUUUAAUUGUCGAUGUGGCAACCUUUUUUGUGCUGUACAUCGCUACUCAGACAAGCAUAAUUGCCCGUUUGAUUACCGCACUGCUGCUCGGGAUGCCAUAGCUAAAGCAAACCCCGUCGUCAAGGCUGAGAAGCUUGAUAAGAUCUAA